UGGAAUGUUGAGAGAAUUAAGAAUGGACAGUGAUUUAGAUGAUUUGAUUAAAAGUUUGAUGGAUUACUCUCAAGAUGUACAAUAAUAUCCUAUUUCACAAGAUUAUACUGUAAAUAAUAAGUCAAUAUUUACAAGGUCAAUUUUAGCAAGAAAUUACGAAGAAUUUUAACUCUCAUUAAGUAGAGUACUUUUUAUAAAAAUGCUAAUAAACUCCUAUAUAUGAAGGAUUUCAAAAAUUUGGAUAAAAUGGAUAAAUAUAGGAUUUAUUUAUUUUUCUUAAAGAGAAUGUAGGACAAUUGGAAUAAUAAUUAAGAGAAGAAAAUAGCUAUUCCUAUUAUUUGAUGCAUAAACGGCAAAAAGAUAGUUAUGAUGAACAUUUUCAUUUGAAUUUGAAUUUACCAUAAAUAAAUUAAUAGGAAGAACGGAAGUUGAGUGUUGAUUCAAUAUUAUUGGAAAAUAAGAAAGAAAUUAACUUCAUUGAUAAAUAUCAUGUCAAAGUAUUAUAGAAAUACAGCAAUGAAGAUUAUGAAAAAUUGUUUAUGACUGUCUAUGAUUAAUGCGGAAAAUUCUGUGAUGAACAUAAAAAAGCUAAAUUACAUGGAUACUAUACUGUUUAAAACUGAA